AGAUUGACACUGACAUUAUGUAAAAUUAUAUCGUUUUUAUUUAGCGGUCAGUGUUUGUUUACUGAUGUUUACAAAAAAUAAAGCUUGUGUUAAUGUGUAUUGUAAGAAUUUUCUUUAAAAAGCACAUAGUUUUAUCUAAGUUGGUUUUAAUAAAAACGCGGACGAAACAGAUAAAAUUAAAAUUAUACCCAUUCAAAAACAGAACGCGUACGUAGCUUUUUAGUAAAAUGAGUAUAUUUUACAAAUUAAAUCCUGUAAGUUAUAGGCUUGUUCAGAAAGUUUUAAACCACAAUAAACUUAAUAUUAUGAAUAGAAGCAAGAGAGUAUUAGUACAGAGUGUAUUUCCUAAAGAGGUGCUGGUUUUAUCAACCACCUUAGCGUUUAUAUUAUGGCCUGUCAACAAAACUAAAGAAUUGGCUGAGAGUAUAUCAUCAAAAGAGAUCCUGUGUGUUAUAGAAGAUGCUGAUAAAUUAUUUGAUAAUGGGCACUAUGAAGAAUGCUAUAAUUUGCUAUCACAACAUCAGGAUAAAAAUAAUGUUGAGGUACAAUGGCGAAUAUGUCGAGCAUUAUAUAACAUGUCAAAAGAAUCAAAAUAUGACAAGCAAUACAAGAAUACUCUUGUUCUUCAAGCAUAUGAUAUAAUAUUAAAAGUUUUGAAUGAAUCCCAAGACCAUUAUGCAGUACAUAAAUGGUAUGCUUUACUUUUGGAUGCCAAGAGUGCACUAGAAGGGGUCAAAGAACGAAUAAAGCAGCUGGAAAAUGUAAAGAAGCAUAUGGAUAUGGCUGUCACACUAAACCCCAAUGAUGCUACAAUUUUACACAUGUUAGGUGAGUGGUGUUAUCAGAUUUCCGAAAUGCCAUGGCAUCACAGAAAAAUUGCAGAAGUUUUAUUUGCUUCACCACCAUAUUCCUCAUAUGAAGAUGCUCUUGAAUAUUUUUUAAGAGCAGAAACAGUGCAGCCUAGAUUCUACAGUGUAAACUUAUUGAGACUUGGGAACUGCUAUCUCAAGUUGCAAAAAGAGGAUCAAGCAAAAUAUUAUUUACAGUUAGCUGCAAGCUAUCCAGCCAAAUCAAAUGAUGAUCAUCGUGCAAACACUGAAGCUGCUGAGUUGUUAAAAAAAAUUAAAUAGCCAUGGUAUCAAACAUCACCACCAUUAUUAUAUUUUUAUCUUCAUGGUGUCAACUCCAAAAUGCACAACUUUCCAUGACAUUUGGCAUAACUGGAACAGGAAAUGGUUGUCAUGUACAUGUUGUAAUGAUCUAAUAUUUUUUGACAAUUAUAAUAAACAUGUAUAUAUUUAAUUUAGUAGUUUUAAGAGAUAAGUUAUUGCAAAAUUAUUUUUGAAGUACCUAUACAAUAACAGGUUUUAUUUAUUUUUAUAAAAAUUUCAGAGAAUAUGGGCAUAAUUUUUUGAAUUAAUAGACAUUGUGCCUA